AUGGCCCAAAAAGGUACUCAGAAGAAGACCGUCGUUGUCAUUGGCGCGACCGGCCUGCAGGGCGGUUCCAUCGUUCGAGAGCUUGCCAAGUCACUAGACAGGUACACCAUUCGUGGUUUGACCCGCAACACAUCAUCCUCCAAGGCUCAAGACUUGACAAAACUCGGAAUUGAGGUGCAACAGGCCGACGUCGACGACCCCGAGAGUCUUCAGCGUGCAUUCCAAGAUGCCAACGUCAUCUUUGCCAUGACUGAUUUCUGGCAACACAUGUCUGCUGAAAAGGAAGAAGCUCAGGGAAAGUCCAUCAUGGACAUCGCUUCUGGCCUGCCAAACCUAGAGCACAUCAUCUGGGCUGACCUGCCUGAUGCAAACAAAAUCUCCGGUGGUAAGCUCCCACAUGUCUAUCACUGGCAGAGCAAGGCGGCUGUAACGGACUACAUCCGCACGGAGAAGCCUGAUCUGUGGAAGAAGACAACCACUGUGCUGUUCCCUAAUUAUUUCGAAAACUGCCUUAAUCAGCCUGGCACCUACUUACCCAUCAAGCAAGCAGAUGGGACGUACUUGAGGUCCUUCGUGCUGCCUGAGACCACUCCUCUUCCCAACGUGGCCAUCUCUGACACGGGCAAACUGGUACAAUACAUUCUUGACCACCCUGAAGAAUGUCUUGAGAAGAGCAUCGCCUUUUACUCAGAGGCAAUCUCUGAAGGCCACAAGAUUCAGUCCAUGGCUUCUGCUUAUGGUAUUGACAUUCGCUACCAUGAGAUGACUACAGACGAGUUCAAAGGAAUUCUCAAGAAGUCUAACAUGAGCGAUAUGACUGCCUUGGACUUCACUGAACAGCUCUUGAUCUUCCGAGAGUGCGGUAUGAUCUAUGAGCGACCUGAGUUCCUCCAGGCCAAUAAGCUCCCUGGUCUCAAGUUGACGACCUGGGAGGAGUUCCUAGCUGCCAACAAUUUGCUCUCUCAGAUGACGUCGGUCUAA